ACUCUUCCCACCUGCUAAUAUUUACUUCACUCUCUGCUUAUAUUCCCUACAAUCUCCUCACUUCACACCACUUCAAAAUCUCAUCACUUCACUUCUCUUCUCUCAUUCUUCUAAGCAUCUAGAAAAAAUGGAGAGGAAAAUAACCAAUGCUUCCUUUUCCAUUUUCACAGUGCUUAUUGCACUUCUUUCUCAGCACCUUGUGAUUCCUGUAAUCUCCUCCACUCUUGAAGAUCAGAAGAACUACUACAUACCAGAUCCACAUUUAAGAAACCCUCCUACAAGUUUCUCUGAUUCUCUAUGCCCACAUGGGAGUAGUUCUCCUCCAUUUCAUAGCUCACCACCUUCUCAUGGAAGCUCACCAUCUUCACAUGGAAGCUCAUCAUCACCACCUUCACAUGGAGGUUAUUAUACUCCAACUCCACCCUCAGUUGGCUGUGUAUCAUCACCACCACAUGAUCCUUCAACUCCAACAACACCUUCAACACCUUCAACACCAUCAAACCCUCCAUCAAGUGGUGGAUACUAUACCUCACCACCCUCAACUCCAGUUGAUCCACCAAUCACUUUGACACCACCAUCUCCAUCCACACCAAUUGACCCUGGCACUCCUCCUUUCCUACCUUCCCCAUCUCCCUUAACUGGCACAUGCAACUACUGGAGGAACCAUCCAGCAAUAAUAUGGGGAAUUCUAGGUUGGUGGGGAACAUUGGGAAAUGCAUUUGGUGUGACAAGUGUUCCUGGGUUUAGUCCUGGUCUAACCUUACCACAAGCACUUUCCAACACAAGAACUGAUGGGUUAGGAGCACUCUACAGAGAAGGAACUGCUUCCUUUCUCAACUCAUUGGUCAACCACAAGUUCCCUUACACAACUGAUCAAGUUAGGGACAGGUUUUCUGCCUCACUUCACUCCAACAAAGCUGCUGCAACUCAAGCUCAUCUUUUCAAGAUGGCAAAUGAAGGAAAAAUGAAGCCUAGAUCACCAUGAAUUUGAUUAUAAUAUCAUAACCCUAAUUAAUUAGUUUGCUUGUUUGAUUUGGUGUGUUAAUUUUAUUAGUAGGGUUUUUGUUAGUUUGUGUUAUUUUAUUUAAGACACUUAUAUGUGUUGAUUUAUUAUGUUGAGAUGGUUAUCAUGUUUCUUAACAAUUUCAUUUAAUGCAAGGUUUAUGGUUUUACUA